AAUGAUUGAAAAAAUGCAGAGAAGUCGUUUGGAUGAGCAAAGAUGUUCACUUCCAGCUCCACUCAAGAGAGAAGAAGAGUAUAUCCCGUACCCCAGCAUCCAGGAGGUGUUACGGAGAGGGUGGCCCUACCCUCUGAUUAUCUUACCCCAGUUUGGGGGCUACUGGAUCGAGGGGACCUGUCACAGCCUGCCCAAUCCGGGCCCAGAAUGCCAUGACUUGCCCUCCCCUUGUGGCGGCAAAGUGAAGCUGGAGUGUGACCCAACCGCCAAGCUGUACCGCAAACACUUCCUGGGGAAGGAGCAUCAGAAUUUUUAUGCUAAUGACACGACUUUGGGCAACCUCGUCCUUUCGGUCAAGUACGAACAGGUUGAAAGGCAAGACAACCUCCGCCUGAUCCUCAGGACUCGAACUGGUACCAAGCAUGACCUGAUCCCUAUUUCCUGCCUGAAUGAAUUUCCGAAUGCAGUCCAGAUGGCAAAGUUGCUGUGUGAAGAUGUGAAUGUUGACCGUUUCUUCCCGGUGUUGUAUCCCAAGGCGUCUCAGCUCAUUGUUGCCUUUGAUGAACAUGUAAUCAGCAAUAACUUCAAGUUUGGGGUUAUCUACCAGAAACUUGGACAGACCACAGAGGAAGAGGUUUUCAGUAAUACAGACGAGAGUCUCGGCUUCUUAGAGUUCUUAGAUCUUCUCGGAGACAGGAUCCAGCUGCAGGACUUCCGUGGCUUCCGAGGCGGCUUGGACGUCACAAGAGGCCAGACAGGAACCGAGUCGGUCUACACCAAUUUCCGGGGCAAGGAGAUCAUGUUUCACGUCUCUACAAAGUUGCCUUUCACCGAGGGAGAUGCCCAGCAGCUACAGCGGAAGCGCCACAUUGGGAAUGAUAUUGUGGCCAUUGUGUUCCAAGACGAGAACACGCCCUUUGUCCCCGACAUGAUCGCGUCCAACUUCCUGCAUGCUUAUGUGGUGGUACAGGCCCAUCACAGCGCCCUCGGGGAGACACUCUACAAGGUUUCCGUUACAGCCCGUGAUGACGUCCCCUUCUUUGGACCCCCUCUCCCAAACCCAGCCAUAUUCAAAAAGGGCCCAGAAUUCCGUGAAUUUCUCCUGGCAAAGCUGAUCAAUGCAGAGUACAGUUGCUUCCAUGCUGAGAAAUUCGCUAAGCUGGAGGAGCGCACCCGCAGCGCCCUUCUGGAGAGCCUGUACGAGGAGGUGCAGAUCCGCAGCCGCAGCAUGAUGGGCUGGGCCUCCGGGGAGGAUGACAAAAUGGAGAACGGAGGAGGCGGAUUCUUUGAGAAUUUCAAGUCUUUUGCCCUACCUGGGAGAAGCCCGUCACGCAACCGAGGCCGCUUCAACGGGCGCCGCAGUAGUGCCAUUGGCAUUGAGAACAUCCAGGAGGAAAAGAGCAAAGAUGUCGCUGAGAGGAUACAGAAAGUACUGGAGAGUCCGGGGCCCUUUUGUGAUCUCAAGUCUGAUGGUUCCUCCAGUCCCAGUUCCCCAGAAUUCCCAAACAGGAAGAGCAAGUGA